AAAUUAUAAAAAUGAAACUUGCUGUAGCUUCAAUACUCUUCCUAAUCCCAUACGCAUUGUCUUUUGGAGUCCUCCAAGAUGACAUUGUUAUCGAGGAAGUAGCAGGAGGACUGACUGGUACGGGUACCACCUCGCGCUACUGGGACUGCUGCAAACCCACGUGUUCCUGGCCAGGACAUGUGAACCAGAAGGCUCCAGUGAGGGCCUGCAAAGCCGACGGUGUCACAGUUAUGUCAGAUAAAGAAAAUCAAUCUGGCUGCGUUGGAGGACAAUCUUACAUAUGCACAAACCAAGACGGAUACGCUAAAAACGAUACCCUCGCAUAUGGAUUCGUUGCUGCGAAAUUCAUCAACUCUGGUGGUAGGAACAUGUGCUGCUCUUGCGUGUUGUUUACUUUCCAUACGCAAUGGCCUUCUAAGCUGAACGGCAAGAAGAUGUUGGUGCAAGUUACUAACACUGGUGAAGACGAUCCUCAUGCGGAUCACAAUGAAUUCGAUAUCGCCAUGCCUGGUAGCGGCGUGGGCUACUAUACUAAGGGAUGCAGCAGUCAAUGGAACAGUGAUCUCAGUAACUGGGGCGAUCAAUAUGGAGGAGUUCACGAUGAGAAAGAUUGUUAUAAACUACCGAAACAGUUAUGGAAGGGUUGCUUGUUCCGAUUCCAAUGGAUGGUUGGAUACUCUAACCCAGACGUAUCCUUCGUAGAAGUGCAAUGCCCAAAGGAGCUCAUUAACAUUAGCGGUUGUUCGGCAGUUGGGUAUUGAAACAAACACUUCUCAUAAUUAUGUAAUAUUUAGAUAGUGAUAAUUAAAUAAGUAAAAUAUCGAUGGUAUGUUUUUUAUCAUGUUUACCAUGUACCAAAUACCUAAAUAUAGUAAGUGUAACUAAG